AUGCGCCCAACCGGUCUUUACGUGGCUAUUGUUUUGGCUUCUCUUCACGCGAGUGGCUCUGCGGCCUCCACUUCCAAGGACGCCGACGCGCCGCUGUCUGAGAACAAGGCGACUUCCAUGAGUGUCGCCUCUCCACGUGCGAAUGGUAAGCGGAGUCUACGUGCCGAGAAGCGCAAUUUGGACGGGUUGGAUGAGGACAGGGCGAAAACCGUCGGUUGGACAUACACGGGUGUGCAGAAUAAGAUCAAGACUUUUGUGCAGGAGGGCCGUUUGACAGAGAAUGAGGGUUCUAACUUGUUAAAGGGGAUAAAACUCUUAUCGAAAGCGAUCCCCUCAGACGAACCCGCGGCCUGGGUAGAGGAGAUGAUGUUGCUGAAUUAUUAUGGUGUCAUCACACGGAAGCAGCUCAAACAGGCGCUCGAGAUAGUGACAGGACUAAAGUUGGCGCCGUCUAGUUUAGGAAAGAAGGUGAAGUGGACGCAGUUAGAGGAGUUGAAGAAGCGACAAGCCAAGCUCUAG